AUGAGUAAUCAAAUAAAAAUGUAUACACCAAAUGAAAUGACAAAGCUAUUAGGCAAACUGAAUGUAAUCUGUUUCAUAUUUGGUCUAAAAAACAUAUGGGUAGAAGACGUAAAGUUGACAAACCGAUUCAUUAGCACCCGUUCUUGUAACAGACUCUUGCUCUUCGCAGAGAUUUUCUACAUAAUUUUUGCCUCAACGAUCUUAGGGUCAUUAUUUACUCAGAAGAAUUUGUCGGAGAAGCAGAAGACGGAUCAGAUGAUGUUCAGUAUUACCCUACCUGGCAACAUAAUGUUCCAUUACAUCUUAUUGUACCGCAGACAUGAGAUCAGGAACCUUCUGUAUCAUCUAGCAGUGGUGCUGAAGGAGCACUACAAUGAUGAGGAUUUAGAACGGGAAAUGAUCAAGAAGAUUAAAGUGUUUUCUAUUAGUCUCUGUGGUCUGGUGGGGAUGGUGGUGGUGUCUUAUGGUUUGAGUGCAUUUUACCGCGUGGUUACUGCAGGUGAAACCUUUGUAACAAUUACAUCAGCGUGGCCAGAUAUUCAUGACAGGUCUACGGCAGCUGGUUUAGUCAGAGUUUUCGUCUACUUCUGGUGGUACCCUUUCGCAGCACGGAUCAUGGUCACUUUCUUAAUUCUAGUCACCAUGCUAGUGUCCAUAUGUUAUCAAUUUAAAAAUCUACAGAGUUACUUCUAUAGCCUUGAUGAAAUAUUUUCUGAUGGUACACAGAGCCAAGAACAGAAGGAGAAGAAAUAUGAAAAUGCGUUUAAACUUGGAAUAAAGAUGCAUUCGCUUACAUUGUGGUGCAAGAAUCAGCACCAACACGUCAGUAAAGAACUAUUCGCUACUGAAAUAUUUCUAUUCUUCGGAAUGUUGCUGUCCCAGCUUACAGCUUUGCUGGCUGGUGAUCGCAAUAUGACUCAAUUGGGCACGAUGUUCAUUACGUCGGUAACGACAUGUCUUGCAUUGGGAUUCUUCAUGUGGAAUGGAGGCGACAUCACAUUAGAGGCAUCUAAGCUAUCGGAGGCGAUGUAUUGUUCAGGCUGGCAGAACUGUUACGGACAAUCAUCUGUUCGCAUCAGAAAGCUAGUGGCCAACGCAUUGAGGCAGGCUCAGAAUCCAGUGGUAUAUAAGACAUUGGGGAUUGUAGAGUUCUCCUACGAGUCGUACGUUAGGCUAGUUAAAAUGCCAUACUCCGCGGUGUCGGUAUUCUAUUGA